CCGGUGUUUUCCCGAGGUCAGGCAGAUCUUGACCCCAGCAGGACUCCCAGCUGCAGCACCUGGCAGUCCCCACAGGGAUGCUGGGGCUGGAUAGGUUGCUGAGACCCGCCUGCUCCUCCUCGGGACUUUCCGGAGCGGCGGUGCCUUCCUGCCGCCGCGGGUCCCCGCUCACCCCCGCGCUCUCCCCGCAGCUCGGCGGGCGGCCCCGCGCAGACAUGGACGAGCAGUUCCACUCCUGUCUGGAUGGGAUUGACUAUGAUGACUUCAAUUUCGGCUCCCACAUGAUGGAGCAGAAGGAGCCGCCGAUGGAGACAGUGGAAGGUCCCUACCUUGUCAUCAUCGAGCAGCCAAAGCAGCGGGGCUUCCGGUUUCGAUACGGCUGCGAGGGCCCUUCACACGGGGGGCUGCCGGGAGCAUCCAGCGAGAAGGGGCGCAAGACCUAUCCCACUGUCAAAAUUUGCAACUAUGCAGGGGUGGCCCGGAUCGAGGUGGACCUGGUGACACACAGUGACCCUCCCCGAGUGCACGCCCACAGCCUGGUGGGCAAGCAGUGCAACGAGGCUGGCAACUGUGUCGUGAUCGUGGGACCCAAGGACAUGACAGCUCAGUUCAGUAACCUGGGCGUGCUCCAUGUCACCAAGAAGAACAUGAUGGAGAUCAUGAAGGAAAAGCUGAAGCAGCAGAAGAUGCGUAACAGGAGCCAUCUGCUGACAGAAGCAGAACUGCGUGAGAUUGAGCUGGAGGCAAAGGAGCUGAAGAAGGUGAUGGACCUGAGCAUCGUACGGUUGCGGUUCACGGCCUACCUCCGCGACAGCAGCGGGAACUUCACACGGGCCCUCCAGCCUGUCAUCUCAGACCCCAUCCACGACAGCAAGUCCCCAGGGGCUUCCAAUCUGAAGAUCUCACGGAUGGAUAAGACGGCAGGUUCCGUGCGAGGAGGGGAUGAGGUCUACUUGCUGUGUGAUAAAGUUCAGAAAGAUGACAUUGAGGUGCGUUUCUACGAGGACGAUGAGAACGGCUGGCAGGCCUUUGGGGACUUCUCGCCCACUGAUGUGCACAAGCAGUAUGCCAUUGUCUUUCGCACACCGCCCUACCACAAGCCCAAGAUCGACCGUCCUGUCACCGUCUUCCUGCAGCUGAAGCGCAAGAGGGGGGGUGAUGUCAGCGACUCCAAGCAGUUCACCUACUACCCCGUGGUGGAAGAUAAGGAAGAAGUGGAGCGGAAGCGCAAGAAAGUCCUGCCUCAGUUUCCCCAGCACUUUGGUGGGGGCUCACACAUGGGGGGUGCUGGCGGGGGAGCCGGGGGCUUCGGCUCUGGUGGAGGUGGAAACUUCAGCUUCCCCUACUCCCCAGGGCUGACCUACAACAGCAUCUACUCACCUGGCCCUCAGCCCAUGGGGAGCUACCAGGGAGGAGUACAGAUGAAGGGCCCCGAGGCAGAGGGACCUGGGAGCGACAGGCAGGCGCCUGCUGAGAGCACAUCCUGCAAGGAGCUGCAGAAGCAUGCUCAGCUCUGCCAGCUGUGGAUGCUGGCACUAGCCCGUCGCAAUGCCCAUGCCCUGCUCGACUACUCAGUUACUGCCGACCCCCGCAUGCUGCUGGCGGUGCAGAGGCACCUGGCCGCAUCACAGGAUGAGAACGGAGACACGCCUUUGCACCUCGCUAUUAUCCAUGAGCAGACGGCUGUGAUCAAGCAGCUCAUCGAGGUCGUCGUUAGCAUCCCCAGCCAGCAGAUCAUCAACAUCUCCAACAAUCUGCAGCAGACGCCGCUGCAUCUGGCAGUCAUCACCAAGCAGCCCCAAGUGGUCCAGCUCCUGCUGCAAGCCCGUGCUGACCCCACCCUGCUGGACCGCUAUGGGAAUUCCCUGCUGCAUCUGGCGCUCCAGGCUGGCGAUGAAGAGAUGCUGAGGAUGCUGCUGGCCCACUUGGGCUCGGCUGCCCCAUACCUGCUCCGCUUGCCAAAUUUCCAUGGCCUCCUGCCUGUGCACUUGGCUGUGAAGGCCAGAAGUUUGGCCUGCCUGGACCUGCUGAUCAGGAAAGGAGCAGAUGUGAAUGCAGUGGAGAGGCAGGGUGGAAGGACCCCACUGCACCUGGCUGUGGAGAUGGAGAACCUGAACAUGGCCACCCACCUGGUGAAGAAGCUGGGAGCAGAUGUCAACAGCCGGACGUUUGCUGGGAACACCCCGCUGCACCUGGCUGCCAGCCUGGGCUCCCCUACGCUCACCAAACUGCUCCUCAAAGCCGGGGCAGAUGUGCUGUGUGAGAAUGAUGAGCCUGUGAGCCCAUCCUCGUCGGAGGCCAGCAGUGACACGGACGCUGACCCUGAGGAGCAGGAGCUGGCCAUGGAGUGCAGCCCCAACCCUCAGCCCCCUGCACAGGAGCACAGGCAGACAGGGCAAAGGCAGCGCCGCUGCCACACACCCCUGGACCUGACUCGGAGCCAGAAGGUGCGAGAGAUCCUGCUGCAAGCAUCGCAGCAGGGCCCCGAGGCAGAGCUGCCCACUGCCCCUUGGCCAGGAAAGGUCUUAUCACUGGACAGUGAGGCACUGCAGGGGCUUGAGCAGCUGCUGAACCAGGACUGCAGUGGGUCGGACUGGAUCGAGCUGGCAAAGCGGCUGGGGCUGUGCAGCCUCGUGGAGACCUACAAGGACACUCCCUCACCAAGCGUCAGCCUCCUGCGCAGUUACGAGCUGGCAGGAGGCAGCCUCGGGGGGCUGCUGGAGGCACUGGACUCCAUGGGGCUCCGCAAGGCUGUGAGGAUGCUACACAAAACCGAGGCACUGGAGAAGCUGCAAAGCACAGAGCUGAAGGAAGACAGCGCCUACGGCAGCGAGUCAGUGGAGGAGGAGCAGGUGCCCGCACUAGCCCUGAAGCCAGGGACGGGGAGCGAGGUGCCCCACAGCCAGCAGCCACAGGUGCACUGAGGGGGCUGGCAGCC